UCAUUUCUUCCCUCCAAAACUCAUCCUUGCUGCAGAGAGGAUCAUUGAGCAGCCGUCUUACUGUAUUCAAGAAAACGGAUAUAUACAGUACUUUUUUGACUUUCUAUUGCUUAUGUUCAAAACCUUUUAUAUCAUCUAUUAUAUUCGCAAGGGGUUUCAACGCGGAACCUCCUAGGUAUCAUCUGUCUCAAGAAGGGCGCGGGUUUUUCAGUUGCUUAGGGAAGUCGUCUCAUUUUAUUUCCUGCGCCAAAAAAAUGCAAUGACAUGGUCAAUACAAUAAAACCUCGAUGAGAGGAGCGUGAGCCAGGGGAAGUGUGCUGCGUAACUGCCUGAGAUAAUGCUGUUGACACGCGCAGCCUGGAGCUGCUGCUGAGGGAGGAACAGAGAGUCCUGUACAGUCAGGGAGCUACUCACAGAGAGGGAGAGGGACCAUGUCCCACCACCACCACAGGAACCCCAGCCAGGGCAGCCACCGCACAAUGAGCGCCGAGGAGAGGAGCUCCACGCCCAUCCGCCACCACAAGACGCCUACACACAAGAGCGCCUCAUCCUCCUCCUCAUCCCAGCGCGACAGCCGCCAGGAGGCAGACAGCUGGGAAAUCAUCGAGGGGCUGAAAAUCGGUCAGAGCAACGUCCAGAGGCCAGAUAAACACGAGGGCUUCAUGCUGAAGAAGCGAAAAUGGCCACUGAAAGGCUGGCACAAGCGGUUUUUUGUCCUGGACAAUGGGAUGCUGAAGUACUCCAAGUCACCAAUUGAUAUUCAGAAAGGCAAGCUGCAUGGCUGCAUUGAUGUGGGUCUCUCUGUCAUGUCCAUCAAGAAGAGAGCCCGCCGCAUUGACUUGGACACAGAGGAGCAUCUCUAUCACCUCAAGAUCAAGUCUCCAGACAUCUUUGACUGCUGGGUGGUCAAGCUGCGCCACCACCGUCUCUACCGGCAGAAUGAGAUUGUCCGCUCCCCCCGAGACGCCACCAUAAGGACGUUUCCUCCCCCUGCCAGCACAGAGUCCCCCAUCCCUCACCCCCACCCAGCCCCCUCCCCCGCUGCAGGACAACAUGAAGUAAAGCAGACCAAGCCCACCAGCCUUCCACCAUGGCAGUCCCCCACGGCCCCCAGUAGCAGCACCAGCCUCCCACCAUGGCAGUCCCCCCCAGCCCCCAGUAGCAGCACCAGUCUUCCACCAUGGCAGUCCCCCCAGGCCCCCAGUACCAGGAGCAGCCUGCCUGCCUCCUACAGUAACGGGCAGAGCAAGGUGGCCGCAUGGCUCCAGGAGUCAGAGGAGAUGGACAAGUGUACAGAGGAGCUCGCCCGCUGCCAGUCCAGCCUGAUUGAGCUGAGCAAGUUACUGCAGAGCCUGGAGGGCCUACAGAGGACCCAGUCAGCGCCCAAUUUCACUGACAUGCAGGUCCCCUCUCUCCCUGUGAGUGGCAGUAUGUCGCCCACGCGCCUCCACUCCUCCAACCCCAACCUGUGCGCUGAGCAGGUGGACUUCCAGGCCCCUGUCUCUCGCCAGAUUCCUGACAACAUGGAGUGUGGCGGUGACUACAUCAAACUACAGGAGGACUUCUGCCUCAUCGCUCAGAAAGUCCACUCCAUGUUGAAGUCUGCGUUCACCACGGUGGCCAUGGAGAAGGAGAAGAUCAAAUCUGUUCUCUCAGACCAGGAGCAGUCAGAACGGUCUGCCCAGGUCAUCACCCUCAGGAAGUCUCUGUCACAGGCCCUGUCCCAAAACGCUGAGCUUAAAACCCGACUGGGCCGCAUCCACUCUGAGUCGGUCCUGUCUGAACAAACAAUCAGUGUGAACCUCAUCACCAGUCCUGAUGAGGGGGGGGAGCAGAGGGGAAUCCCUCUGACUCAACAGACGUCCAAUGAGAGCAGGCUGUCUAUGUCAGAGUCUGUGUCGGAGUUCUUCGACGCCCAGGAAGUGCUGCUGUCGGCCAGCUCGUCAGAGAACGAGGCCUCAGACGAUGAAUCAUACGUCAGCGACGUGAGCGAUAACAUUUCAGAAGACAAUGCCAGCGUGACUGAUAACGUCUCCAGACAAAUGCCGAACGGAGACCUGGCUGGAAGUGCCUUCCGUAACGGGCGACGCCCGUGUCUCCCCGCCCCCUCGCCAGACUGCAGCAACAUCAACCUGUGGAACAUCCUGAGGAACAACAUAGGGAAGGACCUGUCCAAGGUGUCCAUGCCUGUGGAGCUCAAUGAGCCCCUCAACACCCUGCAGCACAUGUGUGAAGAGCUGGAGUACACUGAGCUACUAGACAGGGCUGCCGAUACGGAGGACCCCUAUGAACGCAUGGCCAUUAUGGCAGCGUUCGUCAUCUCAGGGUACUCCUCCACGUACUACAGAGCAGGAAGCAAGCCAUUCAACCCUUUACUGGGAGAGACGUAUGAAUGUAUCCGUGAGGACAAGGGCAUGUGUUUUAUCGCUGAGCAGGUGAGCCACCAUCCACCCAUAUCAGCUUGUCAUGCUGAUUCCAACAAGUUCACCUUCUUGCAAGACGUCAGAUGGAAAAACAAAUUCUGGGGGAAAUCAAUGGAAAUCCUCCCGAUUGGCACCGUUAAUGUUAUCCUUCCAAGCUUUGGUGACCACUAUGAAUGGAACAAAGUCACCACCUGCGUACACAACAUCCUAAGCGGCAGAAGGUGGAUCGAACACUACGGGGAGAUCACCAUUAGGAACACCAAAAGCAGUGCCUGUAUCUGCAAACUUACCUUCGUCAAGGGAAAUUACUGGAGUUCUAAUGUGAAUGAGGUUCAAGGGUUUGUGAUGGACCAAGAGGGGAAGGUAGUGCGUCGCCUGUUCGGAAAAUGGCACGAGGGCCUUUACUGUGGAGUCCCGCCUUCUGCCAGAUGCAUCUGGAGGCCAGGGUCCAUGCCCACAGACUACGAGCUGUAUUAUGGCUUUACCAGGUUUGCCAUUGAGCUCAAUGAGCUUUGCCCUGAGAUGCAAGACCUGCUACCACCCACAGAUGCCCGCUUCAGACCCGAUCAAAGACACCUGGAGGAGGGGAAUGUGGAAAUGGCAGCCUCAGAGAAGCAGCGUAUUGAGGACAUACAACGCACCAGGAGGAAGUGGCAAGACGAGAACGACAUUAAGCAUGAACCACGCUUCUUCAAGAAAGUGGUUGAUGCCAAUCAAAGGGAGCGCUGGGUCACUAACAACACCUACUGGGAGCUUCGCAAAUCCCCCGGCUUCAUCAACAUGGAAAACCCUGACCUAUGGUAGCAUAUGGAUCGCUAUGCACACCAUAUCAUCAUAGCUGACAAAGGCUUUUAUCUAUGCACAAUGAGGUUUUCAAAUGAAUAUCUCAUUGACAAAAUGACAGUGUGGAAUGAUACAAGAGCUGAGAUGAGUUGAUGACUUACCGUCGCCCUAUUCAGCCGGCCAGUCACCCAUCCAACCAUCCUCUUGGAUCCCCCUCAUUGAGCUUGGUGCGGAGGCUGGGUUGUCAGGGCAACAAUCUUACCACGUAGAUCUAUCCUAAGUCGUUUUGUGUUUGUCCUUGCCUUAAAGUCACCUAUCCACACCACACAUUUUAAAGCUUUUAGUGAAACCCACUUGAGUUCUGAAAGCGGUUUGAUUUAGACUAGUGUUUUGUUCUGAAAGCGGUUUGAUUUAGACUAGUGUUUGUUCUGAAAGCGGUUUGAUUUAGACUAGUGUUUGUUCUGAAAGCGGUUUGAUUUAGACUAGUGUUUUGUUCUGAAAGCGGUUUGAUUUAGACUAGUGUUUGUUCUGAAAGCGGUUUGAUUUAGACUAGUGUUUUGUUCUGAAAGCGGUUUGAUUUAGACUAGUGUUUGUUCUGAAAGUGGUUUGAUUUAGACUAGUGUUUUGUUCUGAAAGCGGUUUGUUUAGACUAGUGUUUGUUCUGAAAGCGGUUUGAUUUAGACUAGUGUUUUGUUCUGAAAGCGGUUUGUUUAGACUAGUGUUUGUUCUGAAAGCGGUUUGAUUUAGACUAGUGUUUUGCUCUGAAAGCGGUUUGAUUUAGACUAGUGUUUGUUCUGAAAGCGGUUUGAUUUAGACUAGUGUUUUGUUCUGAAAGCGGUUUGUUUAGACUAGUGUUUGUUCUGAAAGCGGUUUGAUUUAGACUAGUGUUUUGUUCUGAAAGCGGUUUGUUUAGACUAGUGUUUGUUCUGAAAGCGGUUUGUUUAGACUAGUGUUUGUUCUGAAAGCGGUUUGAUUUAGACUAGUGUUUUGUUCUGAAAGCGGUUUGUUUAGACUAGUGUUUGUUCUGAAAGCGGUUUGAUUUAGACUAGUGUUUUGCUCUGAAAGCGGUUUGAUUUAGACUAGUGUUUGUUCUGAAAGCGGUUUGAUUUAGACUAGUGUUUUGUUCUGAAAGCGGUUUGUUUAGACUAGUGUUUGUUCUGAAAGCGGUUUGAUUUAGACUAGUGUUUUGUUCUGAAAGCGGUUUGUUUAGACUAGUGUUUGUUCUGAAAGCGGUUUGAUUUAGACUAGUGUUUUGCUCUGAAAGCGGUUUGAUUUAGACUAGUGUUUGUUCUGAAAGCGGUUUGAUUUAGACUAGUGUUUUGCUCUGAAAGCGGUUUGAUUUAGACUAGUGUUUGGAUUAGGCCUUUGACUACCUACUAAUGUAUGUGUCAUGCAUGUUUAGAGUGCAGCUUUCAUUGGCAUAUCCUAUAUAGACUAACAUUAUUUGUUUUGAAAUCAAAAAUAAAAUAAAGAAGUCUGAAGUUUUUGUAAAAUAUCUUCAACAUCAUAGAAUUGAGUGAAAAUGUAACUAAUAUACAAUAUUGGAAGAUUGCUCUUAUUUCUUUCUGAAUUAGCCAUUUGCAUUAGUUUAGUCUGUAUCAUAGCUGUAUUCUCUAUUGGGUCACACAUUUUUCGUGAAAGUUAAAGAGAUCCUCCGGUAGUUUUGUAUAGUUUUUAGCCAGUCGUUCUGAAAGUAGCACUCACGAGCCAAAAAAGUGGAAAAUUGCAUACUACAUCACAUAUGUGCAGAUUUGUGCACCACCUCAUUGCUCUGUCUCUCUCUCUGCUGUGUGUGCAUGAUGUGCCUCUUGUUAGCUGUCACUCAAAUGGUUGAAGCUCAUUGGUUGAACUCGAAUUUCUAGGGGGCUGGACCAUGUGGGGGAAAAUGUAGGGGAAAUGGUGCAGCUCAGCUUCCAGAAAAACAGUCACUUUCAAACGAGGGAUUUUGUGUAUAAUUGAGGUAAAACCGUAAUUCUGCUCAUAGAUUAUGCAUGUAUGAACUAUACAUUAGCCCCGUUUAUACCUGCCACUUACAUGCGUCCUUCGUCCUGAUCUUGCCAGUAUGCAAUUGUAAGAUCUGAUCAAACUCAGUUCACAAUGCGUCUUUUAUUGAUCUACACCUGUCUAUAAAUGUGGCACAAUCAGAAUGAGGACAAGACCAGGACAAAGGGCGCAUGUUAUUAACAGGUAUAAACGUGGCUAUUGACACAUCCAGCCCAAAGCGAGAGGUUUUAAAAAAUAUAUACUUAUUAGUCACCAAAGUUCCGGAACAUGUCUUUAAUUUGUUUUAAUCACUGGUUUUGGUGAAGGACAUUGCUGUAUGCCGAGACGUUUUCUCAGCAACUCCCAAAGACAAAACCCCUUGAGUUGAGACGUUUAGUUCCAGUUUGGCUAGUUGAGGGAGACUGGCCCAACAGCUGAUACAUAAGCACUGGGAAGCGACUUCCUUUUCGAGCCUUCAUGCAGCACACCACUUUCGUCACUCAUCACAACUGUUUAAGCUACAGACAAUACUUCCGUGUAAUUAACUUUUACAUGUAUAGACAAUACUGCUUUCUGUUAUUCAGCUCACACGAAAACUAUUUUUGAUCGUUUAAGAAAGAGAAAAAAAAGUAUUAAUAUAAUUGUAACGUUCUUUCAUUUCCUGUAAUACAAUUGAUCCGCGUUGUUGUCUGAGUGUUAUAGUGAGAAUCCUAGCCUGCAGUAGAACUAUAACGACAUGCAAACACCCAAGACAUCUGAUAUGGUGAUAUGACUAGAUACCGCCACUUAUACAACUACACAACACUGACUAGCUCCACUUAUUCAACUACACAACACUGACUAGCUCCACUUAUUCAACUACACAACACUGACUAGCUCCACUUAUUCAACUACACAACACUGACUAGCUCCACUUAUUCAACUACACAACACUGACUAGCUCCACUUAUUCAACUACACAACACUGACUAGCUCCACUUAUUCAACUACACAACACUGACUAGCUCCACUUAUUCAACUACACCAGACUGACUAGUUAUCCCAAUUUACACAACUACACCAGACUGACUGACUAGAUACCCCCACUUAUACAACUACAGUACACCAGACUGACUGACUAGAUACCCCCACUUAUACAACUACAGUACACCAGACUGACUGACUAGAUACCCCCACUAGAUACCCCCACUUAUACAACUACAAUACACCAGACUGACUGACUAGAUACCCCCACUAGAUACCCCCACUUAUACAACUACAAUACACCAGACUGACUGACUGACUAGAUACCCCCACUUAUACAACUACAGUACACCAGACUGACUGACUAGAUACCCCCACUUAUACAACUACAGUACACCAGACUGACUGACUGACUAGAUACCCCCACUUAUACAACUACAGUACACCAGACAUACUGACUAGAUACCCCCACUUAUACAACUACAGUACACCAGACAUACUGACUAGAUACCCCCACUUAUACAACUACAGUACACCAGACAUACUGACUAGAUACCCCCACUUAUACAACUACAGUACACCAGACUGACUGACUGACUAGAUACCCCCACUUAUACAACUACAAUACACCAGACUGACUGACUGACUAGAUACCCCCACUUAUACAACUACAGUACACCAGACAUACUGACUAGAUACCCCCACUUAUACAACUACAGUACACCAGACUGACUGACUAGAUACCCCCACUAGAUACCCCCACUUAUACAACUACAAUACACCAGACUGACUGACUAGAUACCCCCACUAGAUACCCCCACUUAUACAACUACAGUACACCAGACUGACUGACUAGAUACCCCCACUUAUACAACUACAGUACACCAGACAUACUGACUAGAUACCCCCACUUAUACAACUACAGUACACCAGACUGACUGACUAGAUACCCCCACUUAUACAACUACAGUACACCAGACAUACUGACUAGAUACCCCCACUUAUACAACUACAAUACACCAGACUGACUGACUAGAUACCCCCACUUAUACAACUACAGUACACCAGACUGACUGACUAGAUACCCCCACUUAUACAACUACAGUACACCAGACUGACUGACUAGAUACCCCCACUUAUACAACUACAGUACACCAGACAUACUGACUAGAUACCCCCACUUAUACAACUACAGUACACCAGACAUACUGACUAGAUACCCCCACUUAUACAACUACAGUACACCAGACUGACUGACUAGAUACCCCCACUUAUACAACUACAGUACACCAGACAUACUGACUAGAUACCCCCACUUAUACAACUACAGUACACCAGACAUACUGACUAGAUACCCCCACUUAUACAACUACAGUACACCAGACUGACUGACUGACUAGAUACCCCCACAUACAAGUGUAUUGUGAAACACUAGGGAAACCUAUUUGUCAGUUCUUUGAUAAUACAUAACAGAUUCACAUAGACAUAUUAAUUUGUGUUAUGUAAAGAGGCCAAGGGCCAAAGUUAUUUUACUACGUUCAGAACUUUCUUGCUUUUGCAAAUCCUUUAACGUGACAAAAUGUUGAUGUUAAAGCCAAAGACAAGUGUUUUUUAAUUAUAGAAAAAUAUAAAUUCAUUCUAGUUAUGGUGUUUUUAUUAUGUAGUUACCACACAGAGAAAAAGCUAUUAUGAUAUUUGAUUAUCCUUUAAACAAGUGUCCAGUUCCUAGAAUUUACUGCUAUGAUGCUGUCCUUAACCAUUCACCAAUACAAUUUUAAAAGGGUUUAGAUUAUUACUGCCAAACAGCUUUAAUGUAUAGUUGAUGUCCCCCUUCCCUUUGGCACUACUGUGUGUAGCAGUCCAUACACAAAGUGUGUUAGAUUACCACAGAAUCUGUAACAAUACAUUGUACAUUUGGAUUAUAUUGAUUUGUUCAUUGUUUUGUCUUAGUGAAGCCGUAAAUUGAAGCAAGGAAAGUGGUUCUACGUUAGAAAUAUUUAGAAUGGAAACAUUCAACUAUAAAGUCAAACUAUUAUUUUGUGUGUAAUGUCCAGUACUGCAGAUUAGACAUAAAAACUAUAGAUAUGACUACAAUAUCAUAUUGUAGUCAUGUAUUCAGAAAUCGAUUUGUUUGUCAGCGUCAAUUCCACUUGCUGUGCCUUAAUACAUUUGAUUAACGCCACGCACACAAUAUUGAUAAGAAACCCCAUACAAGACAGAUAAGGAAACCAUUUCAAAUCCAAUCAACCACUUUCCACACUGAGUAUGUUCCCCACAUUGUAUUAUGUACUAAAUAAUGUUGGGGAAUAGAAGUGUUCUGAAUGUGUCUGAAAUCUUGUUACGAUGUAGGCGGGGACAAUGACAUUUACCAUAAAUCGUCUAGAAAUUCAAAUUUUCUGUGCAGUCAACCCCUCAUUUGUGAUCACUGUAAUUGUCAGUAUCAUACUGUCAGCCCAGUACACUACAUGUAAACAGCAGAAUAUUCCUGUCUCCUCUUUUGGAUUGGACUGAUGCAAAGACCUUACUAUCAAACUUCAACAUAAUACUUAGUUCAUCAGGAUAUUUGAGGAGGAUCAUGUACUCUGUGAUGUUCCAGAUGAAUACAUUGUUUUCAGAGAGAGAGACCUUGUAGAAAAUAACUAAGACUUGUUUCAUCACAGUAGAACAAUGAAACUUCCUGAGUAGUUAAUGGGUUACAAUGUGUAUGUAUCUGCAUGUUUAAAUGACAUAGCCUGCCAAUGAAUGUUGCAAAUGCCUUAUGAAAGAUUUUAUUUCCUCUAUUGGACUUUUUCUUUUGAGUUUCGAACUGACAUGUAAACAUUACACACUGUGUCAGCGGAGUUCUUUAAAUCCAUUUUCUAAUGGGUACCUUCUAAAGUGCAAUUGUCUAAGUACAUAUCUUUCCAUGACCACUGUACGCUGCUGCUAUCAUAGUGCUUGUUCUAAUACAAAAUAAAUAAAACCGAGGAGUCUGUCUCACA